GAGAGCGUUAUAUAUAUAGAUAGCCCUCCUCUUCUCAUCCUCCACCAUCUCUCAUUUUUAUAACCAAAUAUUUACAACAAUAUUAUUCACAAACACCACAAAUCUCCUUCUCAUUUAUUUUCGACUAGCUAGAUAUAACUCAGCUUAGACUACCCAUAAUGAAUAAUUUUAUGAGUAAUUAUAAUGGGUUGAAAGGGCAUUCUUCUUCUGGGAUGAAGAUGAAGAUGAAGAUGAAGAUGAAGAUGACGAGGAGGCAGAGGCAGGUGGGUGGUCGUGGCGGCCGCAAGUCAACGGUGCAAGUGAAGGUGAAGAAGCUGCAAAUGUUGAUUCCAGGAGGGAGAGGGUUGAAGGCAGACCGGCUUUUUCUUCAAACCGCCGACUAUAUACUUCAGUUGAGGUUGCAAGUCAACGUUCUGCAAGCGCUUUCCAAGAUUUACAGGCUCUCUUAGCCAUGAGAUGAGGAGUCUACAGUCUACUACUUGUGAUGCCUGCAUUUCGAUCUUACCUACUUAAUUAUGUUAUAUAAUGAUGAUAACAUAUUGUAUGUUUCUUUCUCUUA